GCUCUGCAUCCCCCCAGCCCCGGAUUCGCUGUGUCCCACCCCAGGAUCAACCCUCUCACAGCCCCCUUGAGCCCCAGUCCCGCGGAGGCGCCCUCUGCAGCGUCAGCGUCGGCGGCCACCUGUCACCGCCAGGUGGCGCUCUUUGUAACAGCCCGGUCCACCCCAGUUCACUUUCUCCCCCCAAAAAUUUCCUUUCACUUUCGAUCUUUGGCUGUCACCCGCCGUGGCCCCUUCCACACCCAGCUGGGGCAAGCCUGGUGCGUGAGGAGAAAUGGGCUCCGGGUCCCCGAGGGGCGGGGCCGGGGUCCCUCUCCUGAAUCUGAGCGGAGAGGGUUUGGGGUCGGGCUCCUGGGUCCCUGGCCCGGGGAGGGUUCCGGCACCGGACGUCGGGGUUCUUAGAAGGGGAGAUGAGGAGUUUUCACCGUAACUGGGGCUCACGCAGGAAGCCCGAUAGAGUAGGAGGCGGAAACUUAGCCACAUCAAGGAACCGGGGGAGGAGCGGGGAGGUGAAGGGGCGGGCGAGGAAGGGGCUGGGGUGUAGGGGUCCGAGACUCGCUCUUCUGUCCCUUCCGAGAUCCGGCCACAGGCAUGAGGGGCCCCCGGCCGAAAUGGUAGUGCCGGCGCCAGCCUGGAGCCCAACUACCUCGCUGCUGCUGCUGCUGCUGCUGCUGCUGCUGAGCCCCGGCCUUCUCGGGAGCCCGGACUGCUCCUUCCCCCACAGCCCCAUCUCCUCCACCUUCGCCAACACCAUCCGCCAGCUGUCUGACUACUUGCUUCAGGAUUACCCAGUCACUGUCGCCUCCAACCUGCAGGACGACGAGCUCUGCGGGGCGUUCUGGCGCCUGGUCCUGGCCCAGCGCUGGAUGGGACAGCUCAAGACCGUGGCUGGGUCCCAGAUGCAGAAGCUGCUGGAGGCUGUCAACACCGAGAUAGUCUUUGUCACCUCAUGUGCCCUCCAGCCCCUCCCCAGCUGUCUUCGCUUCGUCCAGGCCAACAUCUCCCACCUCCUGCAGGACACUUCCCAGCAGCUGGUGGCCUUGAAGCCCUGGAUCACCCGCCGGAAUUUCUCCCGUUGCCUGGAGCUGCAGUGUCAGCCGGACCCCUCCACCCUGCUGCCCCCAAGGAGUCCUGGGGCCUUGGAGGCCACAUCCCUGCCGGCACCUCAGGCCUCUCUUCUGCUCCUCUUGCUCCUGCUGCUGCUGCCUGCCGCCCUCCUGCUGCUGGCCACUGCCUGGUGCCUGCGCCGGAGGAGGAGGAGACGGAGGAUGCCCUGCCCCGGGGAGCGGAGGAAGACGCGGAGGCCCAGAGAGAGGAGUCACCUGCCAGAGGACACAGAGCCGGAAGUUGGAGGAAAUCAGUUAGAGACUGGUCCCUUCCUUGGCCACGCUGCCCCUGUCACUGUCUCCCCAGGAUGGAGGCAACGCCAGCACCCGGCCCCGGCCCCACCUUACCCCCUCUGUACAAAGCCCUUAGCCCCAGGAAACUGUAUAUAAAUCAUUCUUUUCUGCCA